UUGUAUAGCAGCCAAUAUGUCUGCGCCCAUUCGGCAUGAAACAAGUUUUAGAAAUUUAUAGACAGUAUCGUUUCAUUUUGUAGUCUAUUGUGUGCCACCAUGUCGGGGAGAAAAGAGGUGUUCAGUUCCGAACUUGACUUCUGCCCACGAUGUGGAACCGUGCUGCCAUUGCCAGAAGUGGAGGAUGUGGUCAUGUGUGCUCUCUGUAGCUUCAAGAUUGAUGUGAAAGAUUUUGAUGGAAUAGAGGUACGGACCAAGGCUGAGUUUAACAGACCAGAAACCAUGUUAGGGAAGGAGGAGGAGGCAGACUCACAACUGAAAGGCCCAAUGGCUGACCGGAAAUGCAGUAAGUGUGAGCAUGAUGGGAUGAUCUACACCACAAGGCAGACUCGCUCCGCUGAUGAAGGGCAGACUGUGUUCUUUACAUGCCCAGAAUGCCGGUUUCAAGAAAUCGAGUAUUCUUGAUAUCCACAUGAUGCCAUUCUAUAUUUUUGAUUUGCUGGGACUUCUAGAAGUUUAUCCUACCUAAUGAAUUACAUUUUAAUAUACAUGUAAAAAAUAAAGCCAAUGAAAUUUUAAAUGUUUUAAAUAUUCAACUUCUAUUUAGUUUUGAGGUUCAAUAUUUAACAGGCAUGUCUCAUAUAUCCGAUGCAACAUGAAAAGCUGUAAUUAGGAGUUGAGCAUUUUUUUCAAAAGAAUAUUUUAUCAUAUUUCCAAUCAAAAAGCAUUUACGUUUUCCUAGAAAUGUCUUAAUACAAAAAGAAUAUGUCUGUGAGUCAAAUUGAUCGGAACUGCCCAAUCAAUGUCUUUUGGCUUUGUGUUGAUUGCAGCUAUUUUAAAAAAGAUCUAUGCAUUUUUGUAACCCGGAAAUGAAUUUCAUCCGCGAAAAUUCAUUAUUUUUCUGAAUAACCUUCUUAUUUGACAAGCCAUCAUUAAGAUCUCUCAAGACAUUGUUGAAUAAGUAGUCUGGGGCAUUUUGACAUAAAAGUACAAAUGUUGACAGACUUUUCCAUAAUCAUGUGAAUGCUUUUUGAUCCAAAAUCUGUUAAAAUAUUUUUUGGUAAAAUUUGUUGAACUCCAGGCCUACCCAAAACAUGUGGCCAAGAAUAAAUGUUUCACCCCCAAAAAAGAUUGUUCCUCAAAACUUAUUAAAACAUGUAUUUUUAAAACGUUUUAGUUUUUGACCUUCCCCACCCACUUUUGCAUCGCUACCGGCCCCCUAAAGAAGCAAAUUAACCCUUUUGGGGUCCAAAUUAGAGGUCCAAAGGUACUUACUCUAUUAUGACCCGUGUAUGUGUUUAUAUUUACCAAACAAGAAAUAAAUACAUACUAGCAAAAUAUGAUUUCGGAAUGGAAAAUUGUGUUUAAAAAUAUGUUCAAGCGACAUACAGAACAUAAACAUCACUAUUUAAAUGCAAAGAACUUUUGCUGGACUGUUUUGAAAUUCUUCCGAAAAAAGAGUUGUUUUAUGUUUCAUAAAACUUUUUUUAAUGCAAUCAUCUGUCACCUCCAAUAUGUUGAGCUAUAUGUGUAGCUCAACUUGUUACAUACAAUGUUAUAUGUUUAUGUGCAGGAAUACAUUGCCUGCUUGACAG